AUGACCGCAGCGCCUCUUGAACCGCGUUUCCUGGUCUUGUUUGACUUUGACGAGACCCUGGUGAACGAGAACAGCGACGACGCCGUCUUGCAAGCUCUUCCAGGCCAGCGGCUUCCCGACUGGCUGAAGAACAGCUACCGCGAGGGCCACUACAACGAGCACAUGCAGCAGAUUCUGGCUUACAUGGCCGAGCAGGGCGUGUCUCGCGACGCCAUCCGCUCUGCCGUGGAGAGCAUCCCGCCCACGCCCGGCACCUUGGCGCUGCUUCAAUUCCUCCAAAGCCGCCAGCCCGACUUUGAGCUGGCGGUGAUCUCGGACGCCAACAUGUACUUCAUCGACACCUGGCUGAAGCACACGGGGGUGCGCCACAUCUUCCGCAGGGUCUUCACCAACCCGGCCAGCUUCGAUGACGGCGACCGCCUGGUGCUCCUCCCGUUCCACUCCCACUCUUGUACGCGAUGCCCCGACAACAUGUGUAAGCAAGUGAUCCUUAGGGAAUACUUGGCCCAGAGGCAAAGAGAGCGUGACGUGCCGUUCCAGCGUGUGUUUUACGUCGGGGACGGCGCCAACGACGUGUGCCCCUCGCUGGCCCUGGGGCCCCGGGACACUGUCUUUCCAAGGAAGGACUUCCCCAUGCACAGGCUCCUCCGGUCUGAGGGAGCCAGGUUCAAGGCCAACGUGGUUCCCUGGAGUAGCGGCGAAGACGUCAUGGACUUUCUGAAGAAAAUCAUAGAGGAAAGAUGA